UUUAGUAAUUGUGUUUUGCUUAUCAGCUAGAAUUUUUAUUAUUGACGUGUGGUAGUUUAGUUCAUUUUUUCGCAAAAAUAAUCCAUUGGCAAUGAUUAUUUAACUUGUGAACUCACUAAAUAGAGUUCGGUUUUUAAAGUGACGACAUGAAUUGUACUUAGCUUUUACUUGCGGGGACAUCGGAGCGUACAGCUUUCUUAGGACUGUAAAAAUUAAUCACCAUCAUUGCAUCACAAAUCUGAAUGUACGCGCUUUUUACACCAAAAACUAUUGUCAGAAUCAACUUCAUCACAGUCGCUGCCAAUUCUUUUGGGCUUCAUCGAACUAAGAGCUAACAUCAUGAAUCGCAUUUCAGUUGCAAGUGGAGCUGCUACCGGUUCUGGUAGUUCCGUAGAUGCUACCCCAUACAUACGAACCAUCGAAUGGGACAUGAUGAAUAAAACGAAAUUUUUUCCACUUUCCAUGUUGAGUUCGUUUUCUGUGCGAUGUUGCCUAUUUCCAUUGACCGUGAUAAAAACACAAUUACAAGUGCAAUAUAAAAGUGAUGUGUAUAAAGGCAUGAUUGAUUGUGCAAUAAAAAUAUAUCGGUCAGAAGGUGUUCCCGGUCUAUAUCGUGGAUUUUGGAUAUCAUCAGUGCAAAUUGUGUCAGGUGUAUUCUACAUAAGUACAUAUGAGGGUGUACGACACCUACUAAAUGAAAUAGGUGCCGGUCACCGUACAAAAGCCCUGGUUGCUGGUGGUUGUGCUUCACUUGUUGGCCAAACUAUUGUGGUACCAUUUGAUGUAAUAUCACAACAUGCUAUGGUAUUGGGUAUGGCAGCCCAUGCAGGUCCUAGAGCUGACCUCAACCCACUUGGCAUAAAAACCGGACCUGGUCGCAGUCGAUUUGCUUUGUCAAUGGAUAUAUCACGUGAGAUAUUGAAACGUGAUGGUUUUCGCGGUUUCUAUCGUGGUUAUACAGCAAGUUUAAUGGCAUAUGUACCCAAUUCUGCAAUGUGGUGGGCUUUUUAUCACUUGUAUCAAGAUGAACUGUGUCGAAUAUGCCCCCCUUGGGUGUCACAUCUCUUCAUACAAUGCGUUGCAGGUAGUUUAGGUGGAUUUACUACUACCAUAAUCACAAAUCCGCUUGAUAUAGUCAGAGCCCGCCUUCAAGUGCAAAGACUGGAAUCAAUGCGUGUUGCAUUUCAAGAGUUAUGGCGAGAAGAGCAUCUACACUGUUUCUUUAAAGGUUUGUCCGCACGACUGGUACAGUCUGCGGCAUUUUCAUUUAGCAUAAUUUUAGGCUACGAGACAAUAAAACGAAUAGCAGUUGAAGAGCAAUACAAACAUCAAAUACGUUGGUAAAUUCGUAGUUAUAGUAAAGCUAUGAAUAUGCACAACUAUGUAACCACCAAGUGUUAACUGUAUACAAACUCACUCACCAGAAUCACAUCCUGAUCAAUUAAAUACCGUAUAUAAGCAUGCCAAAGAAAUCAAUCACCGCUUAUUGUGUUAUUCGACAAUUACUAUAUCUAAAUAGUAAUCGAAUUUGCCUUAUGUAUUUGUUUAGCAAUUUAUGUUGUCAUAUUAUUGCUACCCUCUCGUUUGCACAUACAUAUAUAUCAUGGAAAUCGAUAACAAUAAUAAUGUGUGGAUGUAUUAUCUAACUGGUGGUGUGCACAUCCUUUUUGGGGCUAAAUAGACUAAUUAUAAAUUAUGUUGUAAAUACUGGAAAAUGAAUAAAUUAAUUUUAUGAUUAAAAUUA